AUAUAAACCCAGCAGUUUCCCACCGCUUCUCUGAUAUGUCAUUAGUUUUGCGUUCCUCACUUUUCCAAACAGCAUAAGAGUUUGAACUUUCAGCAUGACUCUGGCAUUAGCACUUUUGCUUUGUAUGUUUUUGGGGACACAUGGUUUCAACACACAGCUUGUUAUUGAACCUCAGCCCAACUUUGAUACGGAGAAAUUUGCAGGUGAAUGGUACCGGAUUGGACUUGCAGAUGAGUCACUGUUGUUUGCAAUGUUCAAAAACCAGCUGAAGGUUUCUAAAGGCCUUCUUCUACCAGAUGCCAUGGGAAAUGUGAAUCUGACCAUGUGGACCAUGAGACCAUAUGGAUGCUCCAUCAGUGUUUAUUCAUAUGAGAAGACAGAUGUUCCUGGAGAAUUCACUUACUUCAGCAAACGGCACAAGAUAACAAAAGACAUCACAAUAGUGGAGACCAAUUACACUGAUUAUAGUUUGGUCCUUAAAUACAAGAACAUGGACAAAGAAUACACUCAAAUAGCUCUUUACGGACGGUCAUCCAUACUAAGGCCAGAUCUAAUACAGAUAUUCAGAUCUUUUGCUUUAUCUCUGGGCUUUUCUGAGGAGGCCAUCGUCACUCCAACAGAUGUCGAUCCCUGCCCUAUCUUAGAACCAAGCCAGCUGUGGAUUCAGACCUUGGGUUACAUAUAUUCUGUUUUGUUAAACAUUUGGGGAAGAGUGUUUGUUUUAACGCAAACAAUCAUUGGAGAAAUGCAACACUAUAACGCAUCGUCAAUGUAACGCAGUUUGUGCUACACUCAUAAAGCCAGCAAGUGGAGCUGUUGUAAAAGGACACAAUCAGCCAGCAUCACUGUUGACCUCUGCUAAUCUAGUGGUCCACCUGACACAGAGUGCUACUAAUAAUGUACCACGUGUAUUACUGUGGUUGCUUGCCUAAUGUUUACAGAACAAUUGUGGCAAAUCUUUGUGAGCAUUUUACAGCCACUGAAUUUUCUAAAUGAGUAAUAAAAUGUUUUUGUGCAAUUAAA